AACAGUGCCAUCCGUCCUCGUUCAUCUCUCGCUACGUUCACAAUCACAAGACCAACCAUGCCGCCAACAGAAGAUAAGCGCAAGGCUGCGCGUGAGACUAUUGACAUUCUCUACGAGAUUUCCUCCUUACUCAAUACCAACUUGGACCGCCAAUCAUUGUCUUACUGUGUCUCGCUCAUUGAAAAUGGCGUAAAUCCGGAUGCAUUGGCCACUGUCAUCAAAGAUCUCCGGGACCGCAAUGGUGUUGCUACAGAACCUCGCGAAAAAUGAUGAUUGCACACCCUUCAUCACCUCCCUCCGUUGACCGUCGGCGUUUUGCGGCGGUUUCUUCUUUUAUGAUACCCUACCUUUUUUCUUCCCUUUUAUUAGUUUUAUAUCUCGGUCAUGUUGAGAAAAAUGAUCACACACUU